GAACCCAACAAUGCAUAGGAGGCUGAACCGAAGCAACAAAAGGAGGAAGUCACCUUUGUAAGUAGAGGGCACACCUGUGAUACUACCUGACAGUCAAAGAGAGCACAGAGGCGUUGCUGUGCUUUAAGGAUUAUGGCAAGGACUACGGCUAACGGCAAUUUAAAACUAUACUUGAACAAGAACGGACUGAAAUGCGAAGAUAUCAAGAGAAACGGCUACCACAACAGGAGAGAGAAAAAUGGCCCAGGGAUUGGUGUCGCCUCCAGUCAGCCCAGGCAGGAGUCUUUUGAACAGGCCCCGAUGUACGUGGCUGUCAUGACAUACCUGGGCUUUGGCAUUGUCACUCUGUUUGGUUACCUUAGAGAUUUCCUCAGAGCUGUGGGCUUAGAGAAGUGCCACCUUGCCCAAGAAAGAGAAGAACAGAAGGAUUUCGUACCGCUUUAUCAAGAUUUUGAGAACUUUUACACUCGAAACCUGUACAUGAGGGUGCGAGACAACUGGAACCGUCCCAUAUGCAGCUUGCCUGGACCUGUCUUUGACCUGAUGGAGAGGGUGUCUGAUGACUACAACUGGACAUUCAGGUUAACCGGGGGGACAAUACACAAUGUCAUCAACAUGGGCUCCUAUAACUACCUCGGUUUUGCUGAGAACAACGCUGAUUUCCUGAAAACUGUGGCAGAGAAAACGCGCCAGUAUGGGGUUGGGGUUGGCAGCACACGGCAGGAAAUGGGUAACCUGGGCAUCCAUGAAGAGCUGGAGCAACUGGUGGCCAAUUUCCUCCAAGUAGAGUCCGCCAUGACCUUUGGAAUGGGUUUCGCCACCAACUCGAUGAACAUUCCAGCACUUGUUGGCAAGGGUUGUUUGAUACUGAGUGAUGAGCUCAAUCACACAUCUCUCAUCUUAGGGGCCAGACUGUCAGGGGCUGUAAUCCGGGUGUUCAAUCACAACAGUUGCCACAGUCUGGAAAAGAUGCUAAGAGAGGCAGUUUCCUCAGGGCACACGACCCACAGGCCCUGGAAGAAGAUCCUCAUCAUGGUGGAAGGCAUCUAUAGCAUGGAGGGCUCGGUAGUGCGACUUCCUGAGAUCAUUGCUCUGAAGAAGAAGUAUAAAGCGUAUCUGUACCUGGACGAGGCCCACAGUAUCGGAGCAGUAGGACCUACUGGGAGGGGUGUGACCGAGCUGUAUAAUGUGAACCCAUCCGAUGUGGAUGUGAUGAUGGGCACCUUCACCAAGAGCUUUGGAGCUGCUGGAGGCUAUAUCGCAGGGAAAAAGGAGCUGGUGGACUACCUGCGCAGUCAUUCCCACAGUGCGGUAUACGCCACGGCCAUGUCCCCUCCUGUCACUGAGCAGAUCAUACGUGCCAUGAAGUGCAUCAUGGGAAAAGACAAGAGCACAGAGGGCAUUAGACGGAUCCAGAAACUGGCAGAGAACACCAGAUACUUCAGGGCCAGACUGAAAGAGAUGGGCUUCAUCAUCUACGGGAACGAUGACUCACCUGUGGUUCCAAUCCUGCUCUACAUGCCAGGCAAAGUGGUGGCUUUCGCUCGAGAAAUGCUGGAGAGGAAAAUCGGUGUAGUGGUAGUCGGCUUUCCAGCAACGCCGAUUACAGAGGCCCGAGCUCGCUUCUGUCUGUCUGCAGCACACACCAGAGCCAUGCUAAAUCAGGUGCUGCACCAUAUGAACGAGGUGGGAGACCAUCUCUGUCUGAAGUUCUCACGACUGAAAUAUUCCUCUUGUCCAAACCUCCAUGAUGACACAGACUUUGAGCUGCCCAGUUAAUAGGACCCUUGACACCUUCAUCUCACAGUGUCAAAAUUAAGUCUGGUGUCCAUGCCACAGCAGACACAAACACACAACUUAAAGCAAGAAGAGGGGCCAAAUGUUUAGCAGCUGCAUUUUAUACGUUUGUAAAACAUUAUGAUUACUUGUACAUCUUAACGAGACUCUACAUGAACUAUUUAAAAUGCUUUACUUCUGAAUACAUUUAUAUGCGAAUACACAUUAAAUUAUUGCACAA